AUGCGCAUGACUCAGUUGUUCAAACGCUGGAAUGCAGAUUUAAGGGAAGAGGAGCAAACUGUUGCACAGAAUCUGUUCUUAAGUUAUGGGUAUAAUGUUUAACUUCGUGAUCAUGUACCUCUGGAUCGACCUGUCAGAGACACCAGAUCUCCCAGCUAUGAAAUGAAAACAUAUCCGAAAGACCUUCCAACAUUCAGUAUUGUACUUCUAUUUAUGAAUGAAGCACUGUACAUCUUAUGUGCAAUUACUUGUAUAAUUAACUGAACACCUUCUCAUUUAUUGAAAGAAAUCAUCCUGUUAGAUGAUUGCAGUUCAAAUGGAAAGCAUCCUGGACUGCUGAAGGUCAUCAGACAUCAGAAAAGACAAGACCUAACACAAGCCCGGAUUUCUGCCUGGGAGGCAUCAACUGCAGAUGUUGUUGCAAUUUUGGAUGCCCAUAUUGAAGUGAACAUGGCAUGAGCUGCACCUAUUCUGUCUUGACUAAAAGAAGAUCCGGUAUUUGACAAUGUUAAUUUUGAUGACUUUGAGCUUCUUCAGUAUUCAGUGGCUGCAGAUGGAUUUGACUGGGCACUCUGGUGCCUUUAUGAACGUUUACCAGCUGAGCGGUAUGCUCUGAAAGAUGGAACAGCUCCAGGAAACCUGACCUGUUUUCCUGGAAACACACCAAUUAUUUAUCCCAAUCAUGCACGUUCACCACAGCACGUCUUUUAUCACAGCGCUGGAGAAAUGUAUGUAGGAGGUUUAUGCGCCCGAUGGAAUACAGUUGAUAGAUACCUAAUAGAUCCUGGGAGUGGGGACCUGCCAGUUUUAGAGCAAUGUGAGACAGCUGUGAAUAAAGGCCUGAACUUGCACUGGGAUUUUAAGCAGGCAUCAGCCAUAAUCAACAGAACUAAGAGAUGCCUCGAAAUCACAGCAAACAAUUUGGUUUCAUACAGACUUGUAAUGCAGACCUGCACGGGACAAAAGUGGAAUAUCCAACACACAGUUAAGGACUGGGGAAAGACAAAAGACCUUGAACAGAAGACACAGCACUCAAAGCAUUGA